AUGCCAGGGGAUGAGUUGUCAAAGGAUCACCUGUAUGCCCAGAAUGGCCAGGAUGAACAUGAAGCUCAAUCACUCCUGUCUACCUCAAGUGAGGAGCACGAUUUAGCUUUCCACCCGGAACCCCUUCCGUCGCCGAUCCUCCCGAGUAACGCGACAAAUGGCAAAUGCCACUCCGCAAUCUCUCAACCUACGGCCGAUGGAAAGCGCCGCACACCGCGCACCAUGAAUCGAGUUCGAUUUAACCUGGAGGAAGAGCUCGAAGACCCCAAUCGCAUUUCCAUUGAGCGUGCUCUCAGCCCAGACGACAGUCCGGAUGACACACUGUGGUUGGAGGAUGAGGACUAUGAACUUGAAAAUGGGGGCCCAGGAACACAUCACAGUGGACAAUCAAUCCCUCUUCUCACAAAUAUUGAAGCGCCUAGUGUGACACUUGCGACAUCAGACGAUUUCUUCCCCGAAGACCAUCUCGAAGAUGCGCGGCCGCGGAGUGGGAUGAAAAUGGCGUUCAUGAACAUGGCCAACAGUAUUAUCGGGGCUGGAAUCAUUGGGCAACCUUACGCGCUUCGCCAGGCAGUGGAUUGGACCAUUCGAUUGAUUGUGAUCAACUCUAAGUUGAGUGGGGCGGAUUCUUUCCAGGCGACUAUGCAACAUUGCUUCGGGAAAAGCGGUCUCAUCGCGAUCUCGGUUGCGCAGUGGGCAUUUGCAUUCGGCGGGAUGGUCGCAUUCUGUAUUAUUGUUGGUGAUACUAUUCCACACGUCCUAGGCGCUUUGUUUCCAUCUCUUCAGGAUAUGUCCUUCCUAUGGCUCCUCACGGAUCGCCGGGCCGUUAUCGUUAUCUUUGUUUUGGUUGUUUCAUACCCAUUGUCUUUGUAUAGAGACAUUGCCAAGCUGGCGAAAGCAUCCGCCUUAGCAUUGAUUAGCAUGGUAGUCAUUGUCGUCACGGUCAUCACCCAAGGCUUCCGGGUCCCGCCUGAAUCGCGUGGCGAGAUUAAAAGCCACCUCAUAUUCAACACUGGCUUUUUUCAAGCUGUCGGGGUCAUUUCCUUUGCUUUUGUUUGUCACCACAACAGUCUUCUGAUCUACGGCUCAUUGAAAAGGCCGACACUCGACCGCUUCACCCGGGUCACACAUUACUCGACAGGAAUAUCUUUAGUGAUGUGUCUAGCAAUGGGCAUCGCAGGGUUCCUGUCCUUCGGGUCUAAAACGCAGGGCAACGUUCUGAACAACUUCCCAUCAGACAAUAUUGUCGUCAACAUCGCACGAUUUUGCUUUGGCUUGAACAUGUUGACUACACUACCGCUUGAGGCAUUUGUCUGUCGUUCCGUCAUGAUAACCUACUACUUCCCCGAUGAGCCGCACAACACCGUUCGGCAUGUUAUCUUCACAACGGCGCUGGUGGUGACUUCGAUGGUGUUGUCCUUGAUAACCUGUGAUCUGGGAAGUGUGUUUGAGCUCAUUGGCGCGACCAGUGCUGCUGCUCUAGCCUAUAUAUUCCCUCCUCUCUGUUACAUCAAACUUAGCAGUGCUACGCGGCGAGAAAAGAUCCCGGCGUAUCUAUGCAUCUGCUUUGGGGUGCUUGUGAUGGGUGUUAGUCUAGUGCAGGCGGUCAUCAAGAUCAUUCGAAGUAAGUCUACCCCGGGAAAUGGCUCUCAUUGGACUCAAUUGAAUGGCUAUUUGGUCGCACCCUCAACACAGGCACUAACAUUCAAAUUUGUCUUUGCAGAUGACGGCGAGGCUCAUAGUUGCAGUGCACCCUAG